AUGGCGGUGGUCCUCCCUUCCCUAGGCGUGGCGGCGCCCCUCCCUUCCGCGCUCCUCCCUCUCCUCGAUGGCGACCGGCGGUGGACUAGAAGCGGCGACGACGGUGGUGCGGUGGAGCAGGCGGACGCGAAGACGACGGUGGAGUCCGGCGAGAUCCGGCCUCAGGGCUCGCGGAUCCAGCAGAUCCAGCCUCGGGGCUCACGGAUCUGGCCUCAGGGCGCGCGGAUCCACCCACGGAUCUAG